AUGCUUGAGGCAACUGCUGUUGAUAUCUUUCUGGAUGAAUUGGUCGUGCGAUCUCUUGACCGGAACCAUUCGCGGGGCUUUCUAGAUGGCAUGCACGGUACCUUUGCUGCGUCCGACCCCAAGUCUACUCUUAUGUCUGCUGCCAAGGUUGUCGUUCUCGCAUCACUUGCCAAUCGCUACCGAAAGGAAUCGCUUUUCAGUAUGGUCCGUAAGCAAUAUGGUCAGCUUCUUAGGGAAUACGUGACAUCUCUAUCGUUACCAUCUGAAAGCCUGUCACCGGAGCAGUUCUUUACUGCUGUUCUGUUGGGAAUUUAUGAGGUCAGCUUGCGAUAA